UUCAUUGGGCGCAGUUGGCAAGGAGAAAGAAGGGCUCGGCGGGUAGGAGAGCAGGGAGGAAGGGGCCCGGUGGGGAGCGGUCCCGCCCCCCCUCAGAGCCGCAUUGAGAUCGGAGGCACAAUCGGACACAGAAUAGCUGUUUUAUAACUGGGAUCCUUGGUGACGUAUGGCUGCCGGCUCCUUGGCAGCUGUCUUUAUGGACCAGUAGGCAGAGGGAAAUUGACGCUGAAGAGACUUUUGCAUCUUGGAAGGGACUGUAAUCUACUGUAGUGAAGAACAGAACCGCUCAAUCACGCGAGUGUAAAUAAGAGACGGAGGGGAGUCCAAAGAAAAGGAAGAGGAGGGGAAAAGUGUGUGUUGGGGGGAGCGGGGGAAAAGCAUUUUUGGUGGAUGGUAUGAAGCCAGCCAUGGAAACUGCGGCGGAGGAAAAUACUGAACAAAGCCAAGAGAGAAAAGUGAACAGCAGAGCUGAAAUGGAAAUUGGCAGGUACCACUGGAUGUACCCAGGCUCAAAGAACCACCAGUACCGUCCCGUGCCAACCCUGGGGGACAGGGCUAGCCCCUUGAGCAGUCCAGGUUGCUUCGAAUGCUGCAUCAAGUGCCUGGGAGGAGUCCCCUAUGCCUCUCUGGUGGCCACCAUCCUCUGCUUCUCCGGGGUGGCUUUGUUCUGUGGCUGUGGACAUGUGGCUCUUGCAGGCACUGUGGCGAUUCUUGAACAACACUUCUCCACCAACAUCAGGGACCAUGCCGUGCUGAGUGAUGUAAUCCAAAUGAUGCAGUAUGUCAUCUAUGGAAUUGCAUCCUUUUUCUUCUUGUAUGGGAUCAUCCUGUUGGCAGAAGGCUUUUACACCACGAGUGCAGUAAAAGAACUUCACGGGGAGUUUAAAACCACCGCCUGUGGCCGAUGCAUCAGUGGAAUGUUUGUCUUCCUCACCUAUGUUCUGGGAGUGGCCUGGCUCGGUGUGUUUGGUUUCUCUGCGGUGCCCGUGUUUAUGUUCUACAACAUAUGGUCAACUUGUGAAGUCAUCAAGUCACCCCAGACCAACGGGACAGCCAGUGUGGAGCAGAUCUGCGUGGAUAUCCGACAAUACGGUAUCAUUCCUUGGAAUGCUUUCCCAGGAAAAAUAUGCGGCUCUGCCCUAGAGAACAUCUGCAACACCAACGAGUUCUACAUGUCCUAUCACCUGUUCAUUGUGGCCUGUGCUGGAGCUGGUGCCACCGUCAUUGCCCUGAUCCACUUCCUCAUGAUACUGUCUUCUAACUGGGCUUACUUAAAGGAUGCCAGCAAAAUGCAGGCUUACCAGGAUAUCAAAGCAAAGGAAGAACAGGAACUGCAAGAUAUCCAGUCCCGGUCAAAAGAACAACUCAAUUCUUAUACAUAAACGUUUGCCAGAGUGCUUCCGCCGACACAUUGACAGCUGUGACAAAUCAUCAGGCAGCUGCUCUGCAGUACAGAUGUGUUUCCCACCAAACAAACUCACAUAGAACUACAAACACUUCACUGUCUAUCUCAAGCUGCUGGGAUGUAUUUCUAGAAAAACCCUCCAGUAGGUAAACCUUUUCCUUUAGAACAGAUACAGGAGGUUUCAUGUUAGCCAUUUUAAAAGGCAACACUUUUUGACAAAAUGAUUGUUCAUCUUUUUGAAAUUUGUGGCAUGUUCACAUUUAUUGCUAGAGCAAUCCUACCAAGAUAGGAAUUGAGAAUAUGGCAUAGUCCUUGAUAGGGACCCAUGAUGUGCCAGCACCAAGGGAAGGGACCAUAAAUUCAUGUGUGCCAUCUGUCCCUAAACAGAUGUACCUAAUAGGGAAUAAAAUGGAAUUGGUGUGAAGUUCCAUUUCUGACAGCCAACAUUUAUUAAACAGUGGCUUCAUCAAAGAUAAUGUAAUUCUUACAAUUGAUUAGGACACUAUUAACUUUAUGAUCCAAUCAGAAAUCUUUUUUCAAUAAUGCUAAAAUGUGCUACUAUAAUUCUGCUAUAACUACCAUUAAAGAAGCUGAAUUCUGACUCCUUGACAAGCUUUCUGGAAUCAAUUUUCUAAAAGACUUCAUUGUAAUAAAAUGACCCACUUGUCAUCAUUCUUCUUGGGAAAUAAAUGUCAGCUCAGCCUUAAUGAGUAUUUGCUGUAAAUUUCUAAGAACUUGCAUCACAACGGGAGAUCCAAAAUACUUCAUAGAAUUUUUUUCCACAAACAUUUUUUUUAAAUUAAGAAGUGUUACCUUAUUAAAAUGACCACCAUUCUAAACCAUUUUUAUGUGGUCUGAAAAGUGAGUUUACAGUUUCAUACCAACUAUCUAAAACCUAAUUGCAAAUAGACCACAGACCUCCUACUUUUAUAGACUUGAAUACUUAAGUAAUUUAAAUUAGGGUAUUUAUUUCACUUUUUCUUAUCUAAAUCUUAGUUUCCUGGAAUAAUCAAAGUUCCAUGUUCAGCAAAACAACAACUGCUUGAGUUUAAGCCAUUUUCAGAAACUUGCCUUCUAAAUCAUUGUGUACCAGAACAUUAAGUGACUAUAGGUAUUGGGUAUUAGUGAUGGUAAACUUUGUGUUGUUCUUUAUGAAAUGAUACAUAUAACUGUUGGGUGCAUCCGUGCUUUUUAAAGGGGGCUGCAUAAUAUAGGGUUAACUAUGUAUAUUCAUGUUAAGAAUUAACUUGUGGUUUGGCUGUUUUCCUGGAUUUUAAACAUACAUGUGCAGAACUGUAUUGCAAUGAAAGGAAGCAUAACUUUAUCAACAUGCUAUUAAAAUUGAACAAGUAUAUUUCAUUUGGAUUCUUUCAGUUGUGGUUGUUAAUGCCUAAACAUGCCUAUUUGGACCUUGACUAUUUUUUUAGUGGGAGAAGCUCUCCCCCGUGUAGAACGGUUGUUCUGGACUAGCUUGGUGAUGUGCUUUCUGUUGCAUGGCAGACUUCGAUGUUUCCUCCGGCAGUGCAGGUGCCAUUAGAGUCCAGUGUUCUAGAAGCAGUGUCUAAAGCCUAAUUUGACUUUUCUAAUUCUGGUGGCUACUACCAAGAAUGUUCGAAAGUUUUGUUCAAGUAGUCUAAUAUUUUUUAUGUAAAGAGCAUUAAAUUUUGCUAUGUAUAAAUUUUUGUAACCUAACAGUGAAUCAAUAUUUUCUAUCAGUGCCAAGGGCUUCCUGUAGUUCUAUUCCAGUGUUAUAAUAAAUAUUUGUAGAUAAUAGUCAAUACUUGUGUAUGCUUAUUUUAAAGAUCUAUUUAGGUGGAAAUAGUUGUGGAUGUACUAAGAAAAAUGAAAUAAAAUUAUAGCUUCAUUCAGUUGCCUUUUGACAUACAUAAAUGUUCUCUUUCUCCGUCUUCA